AUGGAGGCGAUCAAGCUGCAGCGCAAGUACCCCCACAUCUCGCAGGAGGAGAUGAUGUCCAUCAUAUCCAAGUUCAAGCAGAUGGACAUGGAUGACCGCGGUAGUCUGGACCGCCAAGUCGUGAUGAAGGAGGUACAGCAGCAGGAGCAUGCGUCCUACGACCAGGUCCGCGAGACGCUCAAGGACGUCGACCUGGAUGCCAGUGGGCGCGUUGAGCUGGAAGACUAUGUGGAUCUUGUGUCGCGCCUGCGCACAGGCAGCAACUCACAAGCAGGCGUCGUCUCCAAAGGCAAGGUCAUGGUGAAAGGAAGCAAUGCAUCCACACAACAUACCAUCAACGAGGACGAGCGCAACGAAUUCACACGGCACAUCAACACGACAUUACGUCACGAUGCUCAUAUUGGAUCACGUCUCCCCAUUCCAACAGACACAUUCCAAGUCUUUGACGAAUGCCGCGACGGCCUCCUCCUUUGCAAACUCAUCAACGCCGCUGUGCCAGAUACCAUCGACGAACGUGUCCUCAACCUCGGCAGGGCAGGCAAAGGCCCGAAUGCCUUCCAAAUGACAGAAAACAACAACAUCGUCAUUCAGUCUGCCAAGGCCAUCGGGUGCAGCGUCGUCAACAUCGGCGCACAAGACAUCACCGACGGCCGUGAGCAUCUGAUUCUCGGUCUGAUUUGGCAGAUUGUGCGUCGCGGACUACUGAACUCGAUCGAUCUGAAGCACCACCCAGAACUCUACCGUCUGCUCGAGGAAGGCGAAACGCACGAGGACUUCCUCAAACUCCCUCCUGACCAAAUCCUGCUCCGCUGGUUCAACUAUCACCUCAAGGCGGCCCACUGGCACAGGCGCGUCUCCAACUUUUCCAAAGACGUCUCGGAUGGCGAAAACUACACCAUACUUCUCUCCCAAAUCAAGCCUGACCAGUGCGAUCGCGCCCCCCUUCAGCAACAGGAUCUACUGGCGCGCGCCGAAAUGAUCCUCCAGCGUGCCGAUGCCAUCGGCUGCCGCAAGUACCUCACACCUGGCUCCAUGCUGGCCGGAAACCCCAAAUUAAAUCUCGCCUUUGUCGCUCACCUGUUCAACACGUGGCCCAGUCUCGAGCCCCUGCAAGACGCGCCACCCGUCGAAGAGUUUGAUGCCGAGGGCGAGCGCGAAGCGCGCGUAUUCACUCUGUGGCUCAACAGCCUCGACGUGCAGCCCGGUGUAUUCAACUUGUUCGAGGACCUGAAAGAUGGAAAUAUUCUGCUCCAGUCCUUUGACAAGGUGCAUCCUGGGUCUGUCGCUUGGAAACGCGUGUCUCGUGCGAAAGACCACACUCCCCUGUCCCGAUUCAAAAUGGUCGAAAACACCAAUUAUGUCAUCGAACUCGCCAAGGCACACCAUAUGCACAUUGUCGGCAUUCAGGGUGCAGACAUCACAGAUGGUGCCAAGACGCUCACGCUUGGCCUUGUCUGGCAAGUGAUGCGUGCUAACGUCACCACAACACUUCAAGGUCUCUCCAAGAGCGGCAACGCAGUAUCAGAUCAAGAAAUUCUACAAUGGGCCAAUGAUCGUGUACAUUCGGCGGGCAAAUCGACACGGCAGCUCCGCUCUCUUCGUGAUCCCUCUCUCAAGAAUGCCCAAUUCCUUCUUGACUUGCUCGAUACACUGCGCCCAGGUAUUGUCGACUACUCCAUCGUCACAAAAGGCGGUACCGAAGAAGAAUGCCGGCUCAAUGCCAAAUUGGCCAUCAGUAUUGCGCGCAAAUUGGGUGCCCUGAUUUUCCUUGUGCCAGAAGACAUCGUGGAAAUCCGUCAGCGCCUCAUCUUGACCUUCUUGGCCAGCUUAAUGUCUCUAGGUGCAUAA